CGCCUUUACGGCACUGCCAAAAGCUCACAGACCCGAUGCGCACACACGCGUGUGUUGUUAUUUCGCAUUCAUUUCGUUUUCGUCAGUGGAUAUUAAGUGUUAUCGCUCAUUCAAUUCUGUUGGGUGGUCACUUUACCAGCCCACUACCCACCUAACAAUACUCAGAAAACGUUUCCAAGCUCAUUGCUUUGCUUCUUGUCCAAGAGCUUCGCUGCAUUUUGUUAUCACCCCUCCAAAAAAAAAAAAAAACAUUAGUUGCGGCAGAAUUGGGAUGCAAUGUUUUUCUGUCGCAUAAUCAUGUACUGAGUUACUUGAAUGCUGACAAAUUUUGUUGGUAAUUGCUGUUCCAAAAUGUGGUAUUCGAAGUCUACAUUUAAAUUUGCAUAUGUAGCGACUGUCUGAGGAUUUAAGAAGUUGCUUGUGAGAAUGGCUGAUGCAGCGGGUCUAGCUGAGGCAGCAGGGUCAAGAUUUACUUCCUUGGAGCUUAUUGGACAAGGUUCAUUUGGUGAUGUCUAUAAAGCGUUUGACAAGGAGCUCAACAAACAGGUUGCUAUCAAAGUGAUUGAUUUGGAUGAAUCGGAGGAUGAGAUUGAUGACAUUCAAACGGAAAUUGCUGUUCUUUCACAAUGUCGUUGUCCAUACAUUACUGAGUAUUAUGGCUCCUAUCUUCAUGAAACUAAACUUUUCAUCAUAAUGGAGUACAUGGCCGGAGGUUCUGUAGCUGACCUACUUCAAUCAGGCCAUCCCCUUGAUGAAGUGUCAAUCGGUUGCAUUUUGCGGGACUUGUUGCAUGCUGUUGAUUAUUUGCAUACUGAAGGAAAAAUUCAUAGAGACAUCAAAGCAGCAAACAUUUUAUUGUCUGAGAAUGGUGACGUAAAGGUUGCAGAUUUUGGUGUUUCUGCGCAGCUAACUAGGACCAUAUCAAGGAGAAAGACAUUUGUAGGAACACCAUUCUGGAUGGCACCAGAGGUUAUUCAGACUGCAGAAGGAUAUAAUGAGAAGGCAGAUAUCUGGUCUCUGGGGAUCACAACAAUUGAGAUGGCAAAAGGGGAGCCUCCACUUAGUGACCUUCACCCAAUGAGAGUGCUUUUCAUCAUACCCCGUGAGAACCCACCACAGCUAGAUGAUCAUUUUUCUCGUCCCAUUAAAGAAUUUGUUUCACUGUGUUUAAAAAAGCUCCCAGCUGAGAGGCCAAGUGCUAAGGAACUUCUCAAACAUCGUUUUAUACGUACUGCUAGGAAGAGUCCAAAGCUUUUGGAAAGAAUAAGGGAGCGUCCCAAGCAUCAAACAAAAGAAGGGGGCACACCUAGAAAUGGUCCAAUAGGGGAGCCAUCUGAUACAAUGAAAGUAGCAAGAGAUUUAAGAGAAGAAGCUACUCAAUACAUUCCCAGUGGUCAGGAUAAAACCCUGAAAAAUUCUGGAUGGGACUUCAGCAUUAGUGGAUCAGAGGGUACUGGAACUUUUCGCAGUGUUGUGCGACCACCUCAGUAUAGAGAUAAGAAAACAGAUUUUUCGCAAAAUCAACUUGACCAAAAGAAGGCACCAGAGAGUGGCUAUCAUGGGGCAUCUUCCUAUAGAAGCACUCUUAAUGAAUCAUCAGAAACUUCCCUUGAAGAUGAUCAAUUGUCUGGGAAUGGAUCAGGAACUGUUGUUAUUCGAUCUCCAAAAGGAUCACAAUCAUCACGCCUUCAUGACCAAAGCUCGCUGUCUGGCAGUAGCUAUGCUUCUUUUGAAGAUACUUCUUGCAGUGGAACUGUUGUUGUCCGUGGUCAGCAUGAUGAUUAUGACCCUCCACAGACACUGAGGUCCAGACUGGGACUUAAUGAGAGAACUGCAAAUGCCUCACUUGAAGAUAGUGCCUCAAAUCUUGCAGAGGCAAAGGCCGCUAUCCUAACACCAAGGAAAGGAAAUACUCGAGAGAAAGUUGCACAGGAAAAGACGGGCAAUGAUGUGCAGGAAAGCAGAAGAGACCAAGUGACAAGCAGCUCUGAUUUCUCAAGAUCAUCUCGUGUAUACAAUGGUCCACAACAGGGAAUUUCAAGGCUGCACCAUGCUGUUGAUAAUCAAGACAAUAUCAGAAUAUUGUCAUCCUCUAUGGCAUUAUCUGUUUUACUUAUUCCUUCUUUAAAAGAGGCCUUUGCUGAUGAUCCAGAAGGGUCUUUAAUACAAGAAAUAAUCAAUUCACUCUUGCACAUGGAACACGUGAAGUCUGGAUCAUGUGAUACUCUUGUCAAAAAGUUGCUUCAGCGAUUAGCAAGUUCAAAGGAAUCUUCGGUGAAGGAUCUGCAGGAGCUAGCAGCUCAAUUAUUCACCAAGACCAAGUCAGCUUCUGAAGAAUCCCAAAAUGCAAUUGCAGAUGUUGAUGGCAGGAGGAAACAACAGAACAGGGAACUUCAUUCAAAUAGCAAUCUAGGCCCUCUUGCAAGAUUUCUUAUCUCAAGAUGGCAAGGUCAAGCCUGAAGGAAUCUAAAUCCAGUCUGCAGCGGACUUAGAAGUUGCCCUUUUGUGGUGGUUUCAGUUUACGCAAUUAACAUUGUUAUUAACUGUAAAUAGGUCAUUGUAAGAUCUUGCUUGCCAAUUUUCUAAUUAUCAUCACAACCAUAUAUUAUUCUUUUUCCACAUUCUUUUUCAUACAGAGAGGCAUUCCUGUUUAAUUGCAUUUGGGGUUUGUAUGGUUUCGAGAAGAUUGUUACGUACUAUACAUUUGACUGGUAUUUGUCUUGUGGCAAUGCAGAAGAAUGAGUCAAGACUUGAUUA